AUGCCUAGCACUCUUGAAGAAGGAUGGAAUCCUAAGCAGAUGGUUACUGGAGGCUUCUUGAAGAGUCCUAUCCUAGUUAAGGUUAUCCAUGUCCUGAUGUUUGGAAAAUCAAUCCUCACAGAAAACAAAUGUGGACAGCCCCCAGCCAGGGGUCAGAAGAUGGGCAUGCUGAGCAUUACUGAGGGCCUGAUUGCUGGUGCCUGCAUCUUGGUCAACUACCAAUCAGAAUAUGAUUUCUACCUUGAGAAGCUUUUCAAAGCAUCUCCUUGGGCUGUCAGCAUGAUGAAUUUCUUCAACCAGGAAGUCUUUGGGAAGGGGUCUCAAUUGGCAAAUGUCAAAUCCGAGGUAUUUGCUAAUGUGGAGCAGCUGCAUACUUGGGAAGAUGAAUUUUUAGAUGAACUCGACAACAUUGACCCCACUGAGAGUCACACCCUGCCCAUUUCCACACUGCAUGACCUCAAUGCCCCUGGUGGCCAUGAUUCAGAUCUAUGUGACUCUGAUCUGUCAUCAGUCUCUCAUGCUCCAUCACCUGUUGCCAGCUUGGUCACUCAUUUCAAUCCCCCUCACUCUCAUCCAGCUAGUGUCACUGCUGCACAAGCUGAUCUUGGUGCUCAAACUAUUUCUGGUGCUUCUCAUCAAUCAUCCCCUUCUAUCUCAAUUGGGUAG